GUGACGAAUAACUUGGUGCUGCCAUGGCACAUGCUGUUCUGACUGCAUCUGAGCAAUCACAUCACUCUCUUAAGUCCUUUCCCUCUCGCACGCACUGUCAAUGUGUUCCUUGAUCAAAAAUAUGACUGCACGCAGACCAAUUCCUCAUGGAAUCGAUCAGCAGCAAAUCACUUCUCUCUCAGUCAGUUCUUUCUCAGCCCUCAUCAAUCAAUGCACAUCUGUCAUCCAUCGAUCAACCAGCCGGCAGACCAAUCGACCAACAGACGGCAAGAUAGCACUGAGUGAGUGACGAGACGAUAGAGAGAAAAAUACUUCUGUACAUAUACAGACGUACAUGACGUCCAUAUGUAUACGUACACACAGCUUCACUUGCACUAGCCCCCUGUCUUCGUGAGCUCUUGGGUGCCAGCUAGUGCGCUGUUGUCUUGUAGAGCCUCAUUCGUCUGGCUCAGAUCCAUCGUCACUGUCUCGCACCUCUUGCAGCAUAUGGCCGAGCACUCGACAUUCAUCUGUCGUGUGAUUGAACAGCGAACGUUCUCGUCGCGUAGAGCAGAGACGACAGAAUAGUUGCCGGCGCUCUUGGGCGGCACCAGCAACGGGCAAUAAUACCACAGUCGAUGCUCCCUGUCCUGUAUUGCGUCCAGACAGGGUGUGCGGGUCAGAUGGACCAUGCGUACCGUCACCGAGCUCCGCAAUAAUGCGAGCGGCCAUACGGCGCAUCUUUUCGUGAGUGAAGUCCACCUGCCCGAUGAACACACUCCACAGAAAAGCACACAUUGGUUCGCUCUGAGCACCCAGACGCACGAUCAUCUUCUGUACGACGUCGUCUUUUGUGCGCCUUUCUGUACCAUACGCCUUGUUGACGGCAAGUGAGAGACGAUCAAGGUCUCCAAGAUUAUCCAUGAAGCCCUUGCUCUUGUCAUAAUCCCACCUGUCGUAUUCGACAUUUGUCUGUGUGCGCCUCUGCUCGAUGCUCGGCUCAUAUCUGCGACGCAGAGCCAACAGAGACACAUACUCAUCGUGUGUGGUGGUUGCCUCCUGGACCGUUCCUUGAUAGUCCUUGCCCUCUGUGGCCCUAUCCAGUGCUCUCCACAACAUCCAUCUUCCCAUCCUCAUGUUGCGGCGUUGGACAUCUGUGAGCGACUCGUCAGCGAGCAGCACCGACAGCUCGUCAUCGGUUGACGGAUGGAAGUACUUGGCCAUGCCAUCGAUGCCAUAGAACAUGCCAGCAAACGACUGAUGCCAGCUGUGGUAGUCGCUCUCUUUGCCGCUGAAGCGAGGAGGGUUGGCGGCGAUGCCAUCAGCCAUCUUGUACCACAACUCACUGUGUGUCACUUGUUGGAUGACGUCACGUUGUUUGGUCAUCAUCACCGGGAGAUGGUGUCUCGCCAGAUGGUGAGGGAGUGCACGCCAGAUGGCUCAUCAUACCCGAGGUGGGCGUUCAUAACCAGUUGGAGUAUCAGCAGUAGCUCGGGGUAGCGAGUAGGAAUGUGACGAAGCCGGUAGAAGCAUUCAGUGACG